AUGUCUCCAGGUGCUGAACCGAGCCCGUUCCGGGCACACUUGCCCGAUCUCCAGAUUGACAGGUUUACCACCAUGAAGAAGAAAGAUCCCUAUGAGUACGCCAAAGCAUUCAAGGAGAAUGGUGCCCCUCCAUGGUUUCAUGGCCUAUACUUGCACUGGCGCAAGUUGCUUUCUGAGCCCUUCAAAGGCGUUACCAAUGACGGACACGUCCGACCAGAUGUCUUCAAGCUGGAGGAUCAAGGUAUCCCUAUUGACGAUAUCGUCAGUGCAACAAAACUCGCUCUGUCAAAGAUGAGCCCAGAGCAGAGAACCCGCUCAACCUAUCACAUCGACUCUCCAGAAUGGCGCACGUGGUCUAAUCCCGAGUUUCUGCUAAGUGACAAGGGCGUCAGGCUAGACGAGGUCAAUGAGGAAUUGCGGACCGCUAUCAUGCAAGUUCUUAAGACUUCGCUAUCCCCCGAAGGCUAUGAGAAGGCAGUCUCGGCCAUGCGCAUCAAUGGCUUCUUGGGUGAGCUAGUCGAGGCGCCUGCCAUCAUGAACGAAUUUUCUUACAACUUUGUCUUAUUCGGCGUCGAGCCGUCUACCACGGAGCCCUGGGGCUUCUCUUUCUAUGGACACCAUCUAUGCCUAAAUGCCUUCUUCUACAAGAAGCAGAUCGUUCUAUCGCCAUGGUUUACGGGCGCUGAACCAAACCUGAUCGACGAUGGCAAGUUCAACGGGACUCGAAUCUUGCAACGGGAGGAAAUUCUCGGGCUCCAGCUUAUGCAGGGCUUAUCACCAGAGACACAAUCCCGGGCUCAGGUAUACAAGCAGAUGAAGGAUCCGGCAAUGCCACGUGGACGUUGGAAUCACGAUGAUCAGAGGCAUCUUUGCGGGGCCUACCGCGACAACCGCGUAGUGCCCUACGAAGGCGUUCUCGUUUCCGAAUUAUCAACGGCCCAGCAAGACAUCGUAACUGAAAUCUUGCGGGAAUACCUUCUAUACUUGCCCCAAAAGGCUCGAGAUCUGCAACUGGCUGAGAUGAAGCGCUGGUUUCACGAGGCGUACUUUUGUUGGAUUGGUGGAUUCAAGGACGAGGACCCUUUCUACUAUCGCAUCCAGAGUCCUGUCGUCAUUGUCGAGUUUGAUCAUCACCACGGGGUGUUCUUGACGAAUAAGGAGCCGGCUAAGUUCCACAUCCAUACACUGCUCAGGACGCCCAAUGCUGGAGACUACGGGAUGGCACUGAGAAAGCAGAUUCCGGGCAUGGCUCAGGAAUUUCUAUGGGAAGGAUAA